AUGGAAAGAAUAGAUUACUCGGGGUCGGCCCUACCGUCAGAAGCUUUGCCUUUCCUUCCUAUCCAGCAAAAUGAUGAGGAGCCAGGACAAACUUCCGAAGAGACUUGGCCUCAGACGACAACUAGCUCGGCAGAACUCAGACUUCUUCUCACCACAUCUUGUCCGCUAAUCUGCACAUUUUUGUUAGAGCACUCUUUCACUGCAGUCACUAUCCUGUCGGUCGGACACAUUGGAAAGGUGGAAUUGGCCGCGACAUCGAUCGCGAGCCUCACAGCCAACAUAACCGGCUAUGCGAUAUUUCAGGGCCUCGCAUCUUGUUUAGAUACACUGUGUCCAGCAGCGUAUGGAUCCGGUAACAUGCAGCUGGUUGGCUUACAUUUUCAGCGCAUGGUUAUUUUUCUUUGGUUGAUAUGUAUCCCAAUUGCUGUUGCGUGGCUCAACUCGGCUGCGAUUCUGGUAUAUUUUAUCCCACAAGAAGAGGUCGUCAAAAAGGCUGCUUUGUACCUUCAAGUCCUUGUCCUCGGUAUACCAGGAUAUGCAGCGUUCGAGUGUGGAAAGAGAUUCAUGAUGGCCCAAGGGCUGUUCAGUCCGACGGUGUGGAUUAUGGUAAUCUGCGCUCCUUUGAAUUGCUUUCUCAAUUGGUUAUUUGUUUGGAAAUUGGAAUGGGGCUUCAUUGGAGCGCCAGUGUCUGUCGUGAUCGUUGAGACUUUGUUACCGGUCCUGCUUGCCCUCUACACUAUUCGGAUUGACGGAGCCAAAUGUUGGAAUGGCUUCACGAAGGCGGCAUUCACAGGCUGGUGGCCCAUGAUCACACUUGCCAUUCCAAGCUCUUGCAUGGUGGUUGCAGAGUACAUGGCGUUUGAGAUAAUCACCUUGGCCUCGGGCUCUAUUUCCCUCGAACAUCUAGCUGCUCAGACAAUUCUCUCAACUACGACUGCCACGACCUUCAUGAUACACUUUCCAAUCUCCAUUGCCGCAGCCACCCGUAUAUCGACAUUGAUCGGUGCGGGCCAAGCGGAUGCAGCAAAAAUAGCGGCCAAAGUAUCUGGAUGUGUGGCACUGGCUGUUGGAAUUUCAAUUUUCGUUUCCCUGGCGAGCCUUCGAAAUGUGAUACCUCGGUUAUUGGCGAAUAACACCGAUGUUAUCGAUUUAGCGAGUGCAGCGCUUCCGUUUUCUGGGCUCAUGCAAAUUUUCGACGCCCUGGCCGCUUCAAGCAAUGGUAUGCUAAGAGGUCUUGGAAAACAGAAAAUUGGAGGAUGGACCGCUUUGGUUUCCUAUUACGUGGUCGGCCUUCCCAUAUCCUUCGCCUGUGCAUUUGGUUUGCAUUGGGAUCUCCCUGGAUUGACAUUAGGAGUGGGAGUUGGCUUAAUGCUGGUUACAGUAAUCGAAUUAUCCUAUAUGAGAAAUAUUCGAUGGGAAGGCAUUGUUGAAAGGGCA